AUGUUGAGCGAGUGGCGUGGUCCAACCAUAUCGGUUCGUGCGCUUACGAGCUAUGAAAUUUCGGAUGAGCUCUGUCGUCGGCAGCUCCAGGUGUUGGAACGUCGGUAUGGUGGCCGUCUGCGCGCUCAUACAGCUGCUACACGAAUACAGCGAGCAUUUCGUCAGUCUUGUUUAUUGAAACAGUGGAAACAUCUCGUAUUACCAAUCCAAAAUAAUGCAGUGUAUUCCAAAAAUGAUGACAGGCUGAAGCAUGAUACAUCUUUGGUUGCAUCUAGUGCUCUAGCAUGUCUUGAUCGACAUUCCAUUAUACCAGUUAGGUCAAAGAAUCCAUCUUCACGCAUUAAGAUACCUGUACCGGAACGAGGCUGUAAAGUACCGCUGGCGGUUGCAGAAAAUAUUGGAAGCGCCAGAUUUGACAGUAACUCACUUCAUCGUUCUGCAGUGGAAUGUUUGUCGCCUCGACUUUCCCAAAGAAGGAUCGUGACAAAUAUGGCACAUCCAGCAUCACAUGUUUGGCUUCCCCGUUCAUCAGCAGUUACCGGACGUAGCAGUCAUUCAAAUUCUCUUCCUCGUCUCGACAAACAUGCAACACCAUCUCAGGCAGUCAGCAUUUCAUCGAAUGCUCAUGCAGUACCAGAUCAACGAAGAAGACGUCAGUACAGAAUAGCGCUUAAUUUCUUUAAUAAGAAACCUACGCGUGGUGUGCAAUAUCUCAUUGAGUGGGGUUUUGUUGAAGACAGUUCUCUCGCUAUUGCUAAUUUGUUAUUGCAUCGUCGGGGUUUAAGUAAACAAAUGAUUGGUGAAUACAUUGGACACUUGCACAAUCCUUUUCAGUCCUCUGUUCUCAGUCAUUUCGUUGAUCAAAUUGAUUUACAUGGGAUGGAACUAGAUAUUGCUCUUAGGCACACACUUUCGUUUUUUCGCCUUCCAGGCGAAGCGCAGAAAAUCGAGAGAAUUAUGCAGGUGUUUUCUGCACGUUAUGCCGUAUGCAAUCCCGACAAGGUUACACUUUUUCACAGUGGUGACACAAUAUUCAUCCUGGCAUUUGCCAUUGUUAUGCUGAACACAGAUCUUCAUUCGCCUAAUAUCAAACCAUCACUGAAAAUGAAAGUGGGAGAUUUCAUCAAUAAUUUACGUGGAAUUGAUGGAGGAUACGACAUUGACAGAUCACUAUUGGUUCGGAUUUACCGCCGUAUUCGUGAUUCGCCAUUUAGCGCUGGGUCAGAUCAUGUAUCGCAAGUUAUAGUGGUUGAUCAAAGUAUGGUUGGUAAGGAGAAACCAAACUUGGUCGAACCACAUCGUCGGCUUGUUUGUUACUGCCGUUUGAACCAGAUUAUCGAUCGUAACAAGCGACAACCAUCCAAUGCUCAUCAACGCGAAGUUUUUUUGUUCAACGACCUUUUGUUGAUUGCAAAAAUGGCUUCAAAGAGAAAAUCAUGUUGCCAGUACGUGUUGCGCACGUGGAUGAUGCUUCUUGGAGUACGUGUUAGCAUGUUUGAGACUUCUUUUUACGAUUAUGGUAUUAUGAUCACACUGCCUGACGGACAGGAAAUUUUUUUCAACUCGAAAAAUGAUGACGACAGACAUCGGUUUGUGGCAGAUGUAAAAGAGUCAGUAGCCGAGUGUGCGGAAAUGGAAGCAGUAAGGAUUGAUGCCGAAUUGGACAAGCAUUCGUUGAUUAGUCGUAGCGACGGACCACGUGAACGAGAUUCGGGUUUAUCCGAGAUAGAAGGCAAUACGUCGAACAGCAUCGUUAAUACAUCACCCAACACACCCCAGCAAGCUUUAAAUUUAUCUUCCAUACGUCGUCUUAGUUUUAAUUCAUUCGAUAGUGGAGUUAUUGACGAAAGUUGUGAGUCGUUUUCUCACUCAGGUCUCUCAUCCGUAACACCUUUCUACUCUUCGAAACGUUUGGAAGCUGCUAUAUGA